AUGGCCGAACCAACAAACACUGGCACAUCCGCUGCAGAAUUCGCAAAAGCGGCACAGUGCAGUAUCUGUGCCCUUGUGGAAAUCAUCGAAGCAGCUGAGUAUAGGACCGAAGCUGUCAAAGAGCUUUUUCAUCUACUCUCGUCCAUCAACAAAGCAAUGGAGAGGUUUGUGUCAACUUUUGACAAGUCGAACUCUUGCAAGCUCAGUCAUGAAGUCCAGCUUCACCUUCAAAUGGCGACCCGGACAACCCAACAUGCCUGCGCAAGAUUCCAGGAGGUAUUCACAGAAUGGACAAGUCAUUUCAUCAAAGACUCUCUGCGCGACUCAGAUUGGAAUCUGUUCGGUGCCUUCGUGGACAUACAAUCGCGCAUUCUUAGCGGGAGGCUACGACAACUGAAAGAUACCAUGAAUAUGGCGAUGGAAAUCUCCGCAUUGGUUUCCUUUCCCGCUUCGAGAUACAUCUCCGAUGAGGAGUGGAACUCCAUACUGAAGAAAGAGAAUACCUUGCUUUCAGCGAUUAUCAAGACGAACGAAAGCCAACAAACACAUCAGCGCAAAGAAAGGGCGGCUGAACGUAUCGCUUGCGAAAUCAAAGGAUCUGGCAUAGCAAUGCAACGAGACCGAAAAAUAUUUGAUGGAUUGUUAGCCGAGUUUAGCCGGCUACGAUGGAGCCAAAUAACUAAGGCCGGACAGGAAGGUCAGCUUCAGAAUGCUGUCGGAGCUUUGCCCGGUGAGAUCCAAUGGUCCUACGAAAGCGCCGUUAUUAGUAUUGAAGGGAUCACAGUAGCUAGGUUUUAUGGGUCAUACAAUGACAGCGAUGCUCUGUCCGCUCCUAUGGUUCGUGCUGAUGAUGUCCCAGAGACCGCUCACUGA